AUGGGGCCGUGCGUGCCGCGGAUCAUGAAGCUGCGCACCAUCUACUGGACGUGGUCAUGGAACAGCUUCCCACCUAACCCUGAUCCUGAUCCUGAUCCUGAUCCUGAUCCUGAUCCUGAUCCUGAUCCUGAUCCUGGUGGUGAUCCUGAUGGCGAUCCUUGGGCUGGAUCCCCUGGAUGGAUAUGGAUAUCCACCAGCUGGUCGUCGGCGCUGGUCAACGGCCAUGUAUUGGGGCCGCUGCCUGGCUGCCGAUGGCCUGUCCACAUGCGGAUGAUCUCCUUCGCAUGGGGAUCUAACCAUAACGCCUUCUGCACCACCAUGAAGCGCGCCACCUUGAGCACGCGGGAUAAUAUGGGCGGGUAA